AUGAUCAGGAUCAAAAUCGUGGCGAUCUUCUUCGUUUUAUCGGUUCACGGAAUAAGCUCCAUGCGUGGAGUCGCAAUUUUGAACGGAAAUGAAACAGUAAGUGGGAUGGUUUGGAUCACUCAGAGGCAAAUUCGCGAUCAUGUCACUAUCGAAGGCAUGAUAACAGGUUUGAAGCCUAACUCCAAACAUGGUUUUCAUAUUCACGAGUUUGGAGAUUUGACCAAUGGUUGCGCUUCUGCUGGAUCCCAUUACAAUCCUUUCGGAAAGAAUCAUGGAGGGCCUAAGGACUCUGAUCGUCACAUUGGUGAUCUUGGAAGCAUCACAGCUGACGCAAAUGGGGUUGCCAAUUUUCUCACGUAUGAUAACAAAGUAACGCUUCACGGAAAACACUCAGUGGUUGGCCGUGCAUUUGUCGUUCAUGAGCUAGAUGAUGAUCUAGGAAGAGGAAGUGGUAGUAAAAAAGAGGAAUCAUUGAAAACAGGAAAUGCCGGUGCUCGCCUAGCAUGUGGUGUAAUCGGUAUUACAAAACCUUGA